AUGGUGGCUGGCUUGCUAGCAAUGGCUUUCCGCGUCGUUAUCGAGGAGGAUUGUUUUUGCUUGGAGGUAGCCAUCAACCGGCCAAAGUCGUCCAAAACGCACAUUUUUUCUGGUUCUUGCAAAGAUGUAAGAAUUGUCCUCCUGGGAAAAACUGGAUCGGGCAAAAGUGCAACAGGGAACACCAUCCUGGGAAAGAAGGCUUUUAUUGACGACUCGUCUCCUUCGUCUGUGACUAAGGAAUGCAAAAAAGCAACUCAUCACCUGAAUGACAGAAAAGUGACAAUCAUUGAUACUCCGGGGAUGUUUGACACAAAGCUCCCUGAGGAAGACUUGAAAAAAGAAAUAGAGAAAUGUAUCAUGCUGUCUCUUCCUGGACCACAUAUAUUCUUGCUUGUCAUCAGUCUCGCUGUACGCUUUACAGAGGAGGAGAAGAAUACAAUCAAGUGGAUAACAGAAAACUUUGGUGAGGAAGUCUUAAAGUACACAGUUGUUGUUUUCACCAGGGGUGACGAGCUCAAAGACACCAUUGAGAAACAUGUGCAGAAAAGUGAGGAUCUGAAGAAGCUCACUAAUGACUGUAAUGGUAAAUAUGUUGUGUUUGAGAACAACAACAGUGGAAAUCGCACUCAGGUGAAUUAUCUAUUUGAGACUCUAGACAAGGUGAUACAAUUGAAUGGAGAUUAUUAUACCAUUGAAAUGUACAAUGAGGCUCAGAAGAAACUAUGGUGGUGUUGGCUUGGACAACAAGCGGGAAAUGCAGGAAGUCGCUUAAUGUGGGCAGCAGGAGGAGCAGCUGCAUUUUCAGUUGGUGGUGCAAUGAUGGCAGGGGAAACUGCUUCUGCAGGUUUGCAAGUUGCAAACAUAGCCACUCUAGGAGGUGAAAUGAUUAUGAAAAAUGUUGGAUGGUUUCUCAGAAGAUGACCUGUUUGUAGUCUUACCUAGUGGCUGAGUUUGACAUUGCUAAAAAGUGACUGCCAUGCACAUUUUCUUUGUAUUCUAAAAAAAUAACAAUGAUUUUAAUGUGUUGUCUACUUUUUGACAAAAUUUUACUUUUAUUCUAAACAUAAUUAAAAAAUAUUAAGAAUCUUUUAAAUUCAUAAUCACUCAUUUAAAUUAUGUAUGAAUUAUGUAUGAAUCUGUUGGGAAAGAUUUCUAUAUUUGUCAAUUUAACUGAAAAUUAAUAAUAAAUCAAAUA